AAUUCGAUCCGGCAUAAUUUAUCGUUACAUAAUCGAUUCAUGCGCGUGCAGAAUGAAGGAACCGGCAAAUCGAGUUGGUGGAUGCUGAACCCUGACGCAAAACCAGGGAAAUCAGUUCGCAGACGCGCCGCAUCGAUGGAAACAUCGAAAUAUGAGAAACGCCGUGGCCGUGUGAAAAAGCAGGUGGAAAGUUUGAAAAAUGGCGGACUUGCAAGUUUGUCUGGAAUGAACGAAGCUUCUUCGCCCAGCAGCACCGGGUUUCAAUUGUCGCCCGAUUUUCGGCAAAGAGCCUCAUCGAAUGCCAGUUCGGCUGGUCGGCUGAGUCCAAUACCAUCCGUUAUCGAUUUGGAUCCCAGCUGGAAUCAAUACACAACAAUAUCUCAGGACUUUGACACGAAUUCACUUGGGUGCAAUAACCUGCAAGGAACCACUGAUGGAGCCAUUCAAAUUAAUCAGUGCCCGACGCUGGAUCAAUUAGCGGGCUCGUUGGCCGACGAUCUGAAUAUUCAAAACGACUUUAUGCAAGGAUUCAAUCCCGUUGUAACUGUGCAAAAUCAACCGCCACCACCUCCUUAUCAACAGCCAUCUCGAACGUAUUCCAUGAAUGCGGCAAAUGCUUUACAAGCUUAUGCGGUAUCACAACAGCAAACUCAAUGCCCCAUCCACCAACGACAACCAUGUUCUUGUACACAAAAUUCCACAGAGCAGCAUGUAACACCGCCAUCAUGUAUAUCACCAUCGUAUCCAAAUAACGUGCUCAGCCAGAACUUCAAGGCAGCUAUCAAUUCGAUUAAGGUGCCGCCUGUCAAUUCAACGCCAAAUCUCGUGAAAUCAAACACCAAUAAAGAGACAUUGAAUACAUAUUACACAGUAGGGGUGAUCAAUUUUUAA